ACAGAAUUAAAGGAAUUUGUUUUCUUUAAGUGUUAUUGUAAAAUAUUUAGUCAAUCUGGCUAUUACCUUUCUUUAGAAAAUAAAACAUUACUUUUGUUCAAGAUUUUGAAACGUUGUUAAUUGGUCCAAUAAACCAUUCAAUAUUACAAUAUACUCAUCAAUUCACUAAAUUGGUUGAUUCAGAGUUAAAUCUACUAGAUCACCAAAAAUCGAAUUUAAGCCAUGGCAAACAACCAAUGACAUUUUGGAAUUUCUGAUGAAAGCUGAACAAACUUUGCUAAUGAUUUCUUUUAUAAUUUUUCUCUAGUUUAAAAUAUUUCUUAUAGAUUUUACUAAUUAAGAGAUUAGACACAAUAUGACAGGUAUUGACAAAGAACAGGAUGGUCCUCAUCAAGCACUAUCACAAAUGGUUAAAGGUUCUCUAAUGUUAAAAGCUGGACGCAUGGGUCGUCCACAUUUUCGUCAAUUCCAAAUAACUUCAGAUUUGAAAACGUUACAAUGGGAAUCUCCAAAUAAACUAAAAUCUGAAACAUGUGUUGCUAUCCACCAUAUCACUGAAUUGCAGCAUGGUCAAAAAACAAAAGUUUUCGAAGACAAUCCAAUACCUGAAUAUGAGGCUAUCAGUUUUUCAGUUUUGUACAAGCAAGCAAAUGUUCAGCGUUCAUUGGAUAUUGUUUGCAAAGAUCGAACAGAAUAUGACACGUGGACAGUUGGUUUGCAGGCAUUACUGGAUGGUUUUGAUGAUAUUGAUGGUGUUAAGAAUAUUGUUGAUGCAGUAACAGAAGAAUCAAACAAAUUGUCACUAGAGUUUGGAUUAAUUGGUGAUCGGUUGUCUAUGAAACAAGAGGAAUGUGACAUUUAUACGUGGGGAGCAAGUCCAAAAGGAACACUUGGUCAUGGUGAAGAAACAGAAGAGUUAGUUCCACGCGUUGUUGAAGCUUUACUAGGUCGUGAUGUGCGACAGGUAGCAUGUGGAACUGAGCAUACAUUAGCAGUAACAGGAACUGGUGAAAUAUUUGGAUGGGGAUCAGGCAGAGGUGGCAAGUUGGGAAUGAACAACAUCCAAGAUCGAUAUAUGCCUCUACAAAUAGGAGCAUUGCUCGAAAAGCAAGUAGUUUCUAUAGCAUGCAGUGAAUUGCAUUCUGCUGUUGUAACUUCAACUGGAGAGUUAUUUACCUUCGGAAGAGCUGGACCUCGUCUAGGAUAUACAAUAAAAGAUAGAAAACAAUCGGUUCCCUUAAAAGUCGAAGCUCUGUCUGAUCAAAAUAUCAUAAAGGUGGCUUGUGGUUUGGAAUUUACAAUAGCGCUAACAUCGGACGGAAAAUUAUUUUCUUUUGGUGAAAAUGGAAGUGGUCAGUUAGGCCUUGGACAUUAUGAAAGUUGUGUUCAGCCGACCCUAAUUGAAAGUUUAAAGGAUGUAAAAAUAAGUCAAAUUUCAUGUGGUUCUGAACACGCAGGAGCUGUAACAGCGGACGGCGAUGUGUGGUUAUGGGGAUCUAAUAACAAGGGUCAGCUAGGUACUGGUGACACAGAAGCACGAAAUCUUCCACAUGAAGCUCCCUCAACCUUUUGGAAUGAAGAAAUCCAAGAUAUCAAAUGUGGUGGAGAACAUACCGUAGUUUUAUCUUGUACCGGUUUGUUAUAUGCAUUCGGUGAUGGACAAUAUGGCCAGCUCGGUAUAAAUCUUCGUCAAGAUGCACCAUAUUUGUCUACACCGUGUAAUGUUCCUUUACCAACAAGUGAGAAAGUGGUGCGGUUUGAUUGUGGUGUUGCACACACAGCUGCUGUUAUAGAAUCUGGACUUUUAUACACGUGGGGAAGAGGUGCUGGAGGGAGAUUAGGUCAUGCCGAUCACAAGGACAGGCCCAUGCCAGCUUUGGUGGAAUCCCUUGCGUAUAAGACUGUGGAGGGUAUAACGUGCGGUGCUGAUCACACAGCUGCUUGUGUUAUACGGGCAUGGGUGCAUGAUCAAGAGACGAAGAACUGCAUGGCGUGUAAGGUGCGCUUCACCGCAGUUAAAAGAAGACACCAUUGUCGCAAAUGUGGGGGAGUGUUUUGUGGAAGUUGUACCUCGAUGAAAUUCCCGAUCUUGGAAAUGGGUUUCAGUGAUCCCGUUCGAGUUUGUGAUCGCUGUUAUAAUAUGCUUAGUGAAAGUAAGUCGUAACACAAGCAUUUAAGAUAUUUUUACGACGCAUCUCCGACAUCCGACAUCUGACAUCCGACGAAACUUUACUUCACUAUUGUGUGUUUUGGAACGAGUGACGUUAAGAUUGAAAGCAAAAACCAAGCCAAUUUCGGAUUUAAACUUGGAUUUUCUUGUUAAUAUUAAGCCCUUAUUACACCGGACAUUUAUAUUUUUUUAAGUUUUCACUUUAAAAAAAAUCAACACUCAAGCUCUUAUAGAUUUAUAAAACGGCAGUAUUCUUAAAUAACGUCGGAAGCGCGGUGUAAUAAAUCUCAGCAAGAGAGUUGUUUUAUUUCUGCCGGUAAGUUUGUUAGACGCUAGCCAUGCUUUAUAAACAUCAAAAUGAGGCUUACGCAACUUCCUCGUCUUCGUAGGGAAACGAGGCUUCUGCAAUAUUUCCGUCUUCGUGCGCUUUUGCAAAAUUACAUGUUUGUGGGGGAACGAUUCUUCCGCAACAUUUUGUCAUAAAUUUAUAAAUAUAUAUUAUUUUGUAGUUUAUUUUUCUAAAGAAUUUAAAUUUAUUAACACACGCUUGUAAUUUAAUUACGACUUGUUUUCUAAAAAAUGUUUUUUUUAAUCCCA